UUCUCCACAACAGAAUUUUCCACAAAGCAAAUAUGGCUCUUCGAAACCUAAUGACCAAAAAGCCCUUCGCCGGAAUUCUAACAUUCCGGCAACAACUCCGAUGCGUCCAAACUUUCUCUCUACCGGAUCUUUCUUACGAUUAUGGAGCCUUAGAACCUGCUAUUAGUGGUGAAAUCAUGCAGCUUCAUCACCAGAAACAUCAUCAGACUUACAUAACAAAUUACAAUAAUGCCCUUCAACAGCUUCAUGAUGCAAUCAACAAGGGUGAUUCUCCUACUGUAGCUAAAUUGCAAGGUGCUAUCAAGUUCAAUGGCGGAGGUCAUAUUAAUCACUCAGUUUUCUGGAAGAACCUAGCCCCUACUCGCGAAGGUGGUGGUGAGCCUCCAAAGGGUUCUCUUGGCUCUGCCAUAGACACCAACUUUGGCUCUCUUGAAGCUGUAAUACAAAAGAUGAAUGCAGAAGGUGCUGCUUUACAGGGUUCUGGUUGGGUGUGGCUUGGUUUGGACAAAGAGCUGAAGCGCCUUGUUAUUGAAACAACCGCAAAUCAGGAUCCUUUGGUUAUUAAAGGACCGAACUUGGUUCCUCUUUUGGGCAUUGAUGUUUGGGAACAUGCAUACUACUUGCAGUACAAAAAUGUGAAACCAGAUUACCUAAAGAAUAUAUGGAAAGUCAUUAACUGGAAAUAUGCUGCUGAAGUUUACGAGAAAGAAUGCCCUUGAACUGAGAUCUUUGACGCGAUACAGAGGACAUGUCCCACCAUAUCUGUAUAAAUUUUGACGUGAAUGUAGUGCUUACUGUCGUGCGAAUGGUCCUGUUUGUAUGAUUUGCAGUAGCUGGUUGAUGUACUACGUGUGUGACUGAAUAAGCUACACUGGUUGUUACCAAUUUUGCCCAUGUUUUCUGCAGAUUUGCGUCCAAUAAUUAAAAAAUAAUACAUG